AUCACUUCUUCUCAUCUAAAUACAGUAGAAAUACACAAGAAACAAACCCAAGGAAUCUACAAUGCCAGAAGGACCUAUUUCGGUAGCCAAAUUUGUCAGCUCGACUCUGAAAAAAAUCCGGUACGGAGGAAAGACUAAAUCUCAGAAAACAAGUGAAGCUAUGGAAUCCCGGAAUGUGAUACAGAGACAGGAAAUUGAGCUACAGAGAUGCUGGGAAAGCAAGCUGGUAUUCGUUCUCCACAACGUCUUCACAAAAAAGGAGUGUUUAGACAUGAUAAAAGAAUCCGAAACGAGAGGCUUCAGUCCAGCCAUGAUCCAUACUGCAGAUGGAAAAGUGAUUAAACAGACCGAUACAAGAAACAAUUAUCAGAACUUUUUUGAUUCUGUGGAAGAAAUGGAGAAAAUUCAGAAAAGACUGACGCCAUACAUUCCCGACCUAUGGCGAAAUCAUAAGAUCGUCGGCCUUAACGAAAGACUUAGGGUACAACGAUAUGACUCGGGGGAAUACUUUAAGCCUCAUUUUGACGCGAGUUACCGCCGGGAAAAUGGAGAAAAAAGCUUUCUCAGCGUGCAGAUUUAUCUGAAUGAAGAAUUUGUUGGAGGGGACACAACAUUCUUAGAUCUUGAGGAAUCUGAGAGAAUUGAAGUUGAACCCAAAACAGGCUCCGUUCUGAUUUACCAACACGACAUCUUACACGAGGACUCCGCUGUGCUUUCCGGCAGGAAGUACGUACUCAGAACAGACAUCAUGUACUCCGCGGAGAAAGUAGAAAACGAAAAGGAACUCAGACGUCUAAAGAAAAAUGACAAAGGGAAAUUCGGAAUGUUCAUGUAAACAAAUCCAGAGAAUUUAUUCAAAGUGUCCCAUUAAUUUAUAUGAAUGCCUAUGUUUUUUCUUUUAUCACCCAGGGCUCCAUGUUCACCUUUGAAAUGGAUGAUAGAAGCAAGUAUCAAUGAUACCCAGUGAUUACUUCAGUAUAUCUUUAUGUGAAAUCGUGCUUUAAUGUUCAAGGUUUCUUCUCUACCUUUUGUGAUAGACCAGAAUUCCCAUACUCAAUACCACUUUUUGUAUCAUAUUUGAUAUGAAUAUGUAAAUAAGCAUUUAUCAUGUACCUUGCAAAUCAAUUGUCGUGUAUUUAUUAUGAUUUGUAAUAAAAUAGUUCAUAUGGUU